CAAAAUUGUAAAUAAUUAUUGUAAAUCUUAUCUAAAAUCGAGAAAAUAUAAAAGAAACACUUUUCCACAGUAAGUUUAGAUCUGUUUCGGUUCUGGAACAAGAUGCACCUCAUCCUUUUGGUCCUUGCAGCAACUGCGGCAGUAGUCACAGCCAAUUUGAGCGUGGAACAUCUGGAACUGAUCAGAUCUCUUCCUGAAUUUCAAAGCAAGAGUCUUGAGGAAAUAAAAGAUGAAGCUUCUGCAACUGUGCCUGAAAUGAUCAAAAAUAAUGGAUAUUUGUGUGAAGAGCACGAAGUGACUACUGAGGAUGGUUACGUUCUGACCUUGCAUAGAAUACCAAACGGAAAACGCAAAAAAAAUAAUGGAAAAGUCUUAUUUUUGAUGCACGGUAUAUUGUCCUCUUCCGCCGACUGGAUUGUUACUGGAGAAACAAAAGGAUUAGCAUACAUUAUGGCUGAUGAAGGGUAUGACGUUUGGCUGGGCAAUGCCAGAGGCAACAAAUACUCCAGGAACAACGUUAAAUACAAUCCAGAUAAAGACUCCAAAUUUUGGGAAUUCAGCUGGCACCAAAUCGGUAAAAUAGAUCUGCCAACAAUGAUCGACUUCGUCUUGAAUACAACUGGGGUGGAUGGUGUUUAUUAUGCUGGCCACUCUCAAGGCACCACCAGCUUUUACGUGAUGGCUGCUUCCAGGCCCGAGUACAAUGACAAGAUAAAGGUGCACGUCAGUUUAGCUCCUAUAGGGUUCAUGAGCCACAUGAAGAGUCCUCUGAUGCAUCUCAUGGCAUUUUGGCAAAAACCUCUUGGUAUGUUGCUCAAAAUGAUUGGAGUAGAUGAGUUCCUUCCCAGCAGCGAUUUUUUGAGUAACGUGAGCGGUAGCCUGUGCAACGACAAUUCUUUCACCCAAAUCUUGUGCACCAACGCAUUGUUUGCAGUUUGUGGUUUCAGUUACAAGGAAAUGAACACCACAUUACUGCCAGUCGUUUUGGGUCACACUCCUGCCGGCUCAUCUACUAGACAAUUCCUACAUUACGCCCAAGAGAUCAAUUCAGGACGUUUCCGUCAGUAUGACUAUGGAAUGUUUCAAAAUCACCACGUGUAUGGAAGAUUCUCGCCUCCAGAUUACGAUUUAAGUAAAAUAACGUCACCAGUUUAUCUCCUCUACAGCCGAAAUGAUUGGCUGUCUGCGGAGACGGAUGUACUGAGACUAUGCAAGAUGCUUGGGAACUGCAAGGGGAAAUUUUUAGUUUCUGAUGGGAGCUUUAAUCAUUUGGACUAUCUGUAUGGGCUGCGAGCUCCGAAGUUGGUUUACAAUCAUGUUAUUAGUUUGAUGUCUCGACAUUGAAAAUGUUAAGUAUUUUGUUAUUUAAGAAAUAAAU